UGAGCUGACGUGUGUAUCAGUGGAGAACACUUGAGUUUUUGACAAGAGCCAUGUCUGCAGACUGGGACGAAAUAAGGCGGCUGGCAGCUGACUUCCAGCGAGCCCAGCUCAGCGAUACAGUACAGAGGUUGUCUGAGCGUAACUGCAUAGAGAUUGUUGCCAAACUAAUUGCUGAAAAACACUUUGAUGUCGUGCAUACACUUGAUGGGAAGGAAUAUGUGACGCCAUUACAGAUCACCAAGGAAAUAAGGGAUGAACUUCAUGUUCGAGGGGGUCGUGUGAACAUAGUGGAAUUACAGCAGGUGGUGAACGUUGACCUGACUCAUAUUGAAAGCAGGGCCAAUGAGCUUAUAAAACUAGACAAAAGUAUCCAGCUCGUGCUUGGACAGUUAGUGGAUUGCAACUAUCUGGAUCAAAUAGCAGAAGAAGUGAAUGAUAAACUACAAGAAGCUGGGCAAGUGACCAUAUCAGAACUGUGCAAGUUGUAUGACCUUCCAGGAGACUUCCUGAUAGAGUCCUUGAGUCAACGCCUUGGUAAAAUUGUUCAAGGGAAGAUCGACCAGAGCAACAACAGAAGUGUGAUUUAUACGGAGACCUUUGUGGCCCGUCAUCGGGCACGCCUCCGUGGCCUUUUCACUGCAAUUACCAAACCAACACCAAUCAUCAAUUUGAUCACCCAAUAUGGUUUUCAGGAACACUUGCUUUAUUCCCUGUUGGAGGAGCUUGUUAACUGUGGACGCUUAAAGGGCACGGUAGUCGGCGGGAGGCAGGAUAAGGCUGUGUUUAUUCCUGACAUCUAUGCCAGAACACAGAGCAAUUGGAUAGACGCCUUCUUCAAGCAAAACGGUUACCUAGAGUUUGAUUCUUUGUCUAGACUGGGAAUCCCAGACCCUAUUGGUUAUAUAAGAAAAAGGUACAAGUCUGCCCAUUUACUAUAUUUAAAGUCGGCUUGUGUUGGCCAAAGCAUUGUUGAUCAAGUGGAGGCUUCAGUUGAAGAGGCAGUAAGCUCAGGAUCCUGGCUGGAUAUAUUGCCCUUGCUGCCGAGUUGCCUAUCUAUGGAAGAUGCUGGGAUGUUACUCCAGCAAGCGAUGAGGACACUGAACAAACCAUCUUCUGCUCGAAUCUUUGGAGAUACCAUUGUUGUUAGUGAAAAGUUUAUAGCUGAAUGCAUGAAUGUGUUUAAUGAUCUCAUGCAUCACAAGGCUGAAAAGGAAAUGAAAAAUAACCCUGUUUUCUUGGUUACGGAAGAAGACCUCAAACAAGCGUCUGUAUUGGAAAAUGCAACUGUAGGCAAAAAAGACAAAAAGGAAGAAAGAAGGAAGAAGGCAUCAGAGGGCAGUGGAAGCACCAGAGGAGGAGGUUGUGGAAAUGCAAGAGAAAUAAAAAUUAAAAAAACAAAGAAGAAAUCAAGGAAGGAUGAAGACAGUGAUGAUGAAUCCCAGACAACUAACACAAAUAAAGCAAAGGAACGUGAAAUCCCAUUUAUGUCUUUAGAGGAAAUUCAGGCCAUUUUAAGAAAACAUGCCUCUGACUGCCCAGAUGAGCUGAUUGUUGAACUCUCUGAAAAUCUAAUAAGGCCUUUAACUAAAUGUUACCAAGAGGUGGUAAGAUCAGUUUUUAUGUCUUCAACUUCAUCGGCAUCUGGGACUAGCAGAAAAAAAACCAUGAAAGAUUUCCAAGAAGAAGUUUCCAACCUCUACAAUAACAUUCGGCUAUUUGAAAAGGGGAUUAAAUUGUUUUCAGAUGAAACUCAAAGUAACCUUGCCAAACACCUGUUGAAGACUGUUUGCACAGAUAUUACCAAUGUUAUUUUCAAUUUUCUGGCUGCUGAUUUCAUGAUGGCAGUUGAAGAUUACACUGCAAUUACCAGUGAGGUUAGGAAGAAAAUGUUGAACAAACUUCAAGAGGAGACUAAAGGUCCAUUAUCCAAACUUAACAAUUCUUUGUCUGGAAAGAGUGUAGAAGAAUUUCUUACAUCUCUGGACUCGGCAGUAGAGGCGUGUGGUAUUUUAAUGAAAAAAGGAGAUAAGAAGAAAGAAAGGCAAGUUUUGUUCCAGCAUCGACAGGCUCUUAUAGAACAACUAAAAGUAACAGAAGAUCCGGCUCUAGUGCUACAUUUGACAUCCGUUCUGUUGUUCCAAUUGAAUGCACAUUGUAUGCUUCAUGCCCCAGGAAGAUGUGUCCCACAUAUUAUUGCUUUCCUCAGCACAAAGAUUCCUCAGGAUCAGCUUAGCCUUCUAGCGAACUACCAGAGUCUUGUGGUAAAACAGUUGAUAGAGCAGACAAAGCACAAUGAUAAUGAAGAUGUGGACACCUUGGGAGACACAGCAGAGGACACUCAGAAAGGAAAGGAGAGCAUUAGAAAGGAGCUUCAGGAUCUAUCAGCUGCUGUGAAGGAUCUUGUUCUUAGACCAAGAAAGACCUCUGGAACAGAAGAGUAAUGGUUGGAAUAAUGACCCCAGAUGGACUUGUAUUUUGUUUAAUUCUCCUUGACCUAAAAAGCCUCUAGGCUUUGAAAAUUAAAGUAUUAUUGAAAUACCUGCGUUGACACUGUUGCAGAAAGGGUAAUAUCAAGUAUUUAAUUACGUGUACCAUAUUAAAAUAGUAGGGCAGAAUUUCACUUGCAGAUCACAAGAUGGUAAGAUCCCAGAGGUUACAUUAGCAAAUGAUAUUAUUUUUAAUCAAACAUGAUACUUUUCAAGAAUGCAGCUCGGCAUUUGAUUACCACAUUUAGAAUUGGACCAUGCAUUCUACAGUAAUCAUUAUUUAAUUACAGAUUAUUAUUGCAGGUUAUUUGACUUUUUACUGGCCAUUUCAAUUUAAAAAGUAAUAAAAAUAAAAUUUGGUGUUUGUAUAUGUAAUUAUGUUUGAUUUUCUGUCGUGGGGCUUGAUCACGGUUCUGUGACAUUGCAUUAGCAAAUUAAACUUGAUUAAUCACAAGUAAUAAGCAGUUUUAUUUUCACUUUAGUUUUUAUUUUCAACUAAAACUGUAAUUUUUACAAUCCACUGGUGAUCCAUCACUAAUUUUCUUUAUGUUGUCCAUGCCCUAUUUAAUAUAGAAUGUGCUGGUAAUAG